AUGGAAAUGCUACGCGGUUUGGUAGAUGGCAGUGGCACAAAGCUGAAUCGGAAAAGGAAGGGUCUAAGACACGCCGCCGCCUCCUCGGCUCACAAGGGUGCAACGAGUGCGGACGACGUCUGGCUUGUCUUGGAUCAUGAGACGGCUCAUGGCGCGGCCGUGGAUGCGGCCCAGGUUGCUUCGCACGGAGCACGGAGCACCGACCACAGAGUGGGAUACGCAGCGCAAGUAGGGAGGUCGUACCCAUACUUGGAUAUGGGGACGCUCAAGUACCAGUCUGAUAAAAGUAGGUGGACGCACGGAAAGCUGCUAGGCAGUUCUGGCAAGCCUUGGGAGCCCCUCACAAACAAGGCAGCUCACUCCCACUCCGUUAGACAUGCAGAUCGGGUCGUCCAUCCGCGCGCAUUUGCUCGGAAGCUGGAGGCUCGAGAAGGUCUCAACAGAACCCUGACCCCGGCCCAGGCAAAAAGAGAACCCAGCGGAUUACAUAAACCCGCAGUGUGCCUUAUACUAGUGCUAUACCUGCUACCAGAUACCGCAAAUACUAGCACAACACUGCCAGCAGCAUUCUUAGCAUCCAUGGCAACUCUGGAUUAUUACUGGAUGAGACCGUACGUUUUAGAUGCGUCACCCCCGUCGAGUCCUACAUGGAUCGGCUCGAGUUGUUGUUUCUAUGCAGUAUCUGCUCCGCCCGCUGCCUCCGUACUCCGUACUUUUGUCUCCAUACUUUGUCUUCUGCCCCCAUAUACCUAUCUGGCCUCCCUACACGCGCAUAAGGCGUAG